UCUCUCGAACCUUCUUCUUGGCAUCACAAUCUUUUUUCUUGCUUAGAUAUUUUCAUCUUUCCUCCCUUUUAAUAACACAAACCUUACAAAAUCAUCUUCUCCACGUUGCACAUUGGCCAUUGCGUUUUUGCCUCCAUCUUCUUCUGUUUUCCUCUUCAAAUUCUCAAAUAUUAUGCUCCACUUUCUCUCUGGUUCGUAACUGCAUUUAUCUAUGGUUUAAUUGAAUUAAUAAUUCUGUUUUCGCAUCAAUUUUUUGGGAUUUUGGCUCUGGAUAAGAGACAAAACAAAAAACGGUUAUGGAUCGAGAAGGAGGAUCAGCCGGAUCUUGUUACUAUUCAGUUCUAGGAAUACGCAAUGAUGCCUCCUGCUCCGACAUUCGCUCAGCUUAUCGGAAAUUAGCUCUGAAAUGGCAUCCGGAUAGGUGGGCGAAGAAUCCGUCGGUGGCCGGAGAAGCGAAAUUACGAUUUCAGAAAAUCCAAGAGGCCUACUCAGUUCUCUCCGAUCAAGACAAGAGGUCAAUGUACGACGCCGGUUUCCUUGAUAUGCUUGAGGAAGACGAAGGAAUGGGUGAUUUCCUGCACGAUUUGAUGAACAGAAUGGAUCAAAAUGUUGGGGCGGCGGAGGAGAGUCUAGAGGAUUUACAGAGGACGUUUGUGGACAUGUUUGGUGGAGAUUUAGCAAAGAUGAUGGGCAAUGAAAAUCCAACGGCGAAGAAGAGGGCACGUGAUUCGGGGUGCAGCACAAGGGCUGCACAAAAACGCAACAACGCUAAUGUCAAUUUCAAUGGCACCUGUUAGUUUUUAGUUUUAAGCAAAAUAUAGAGAAUGCCCCUACCUCUCUUUGGUGUUGAUUUUUAUGGAACUGGAGAGGAAUUAAAUUUGUUUAUUUGGGGGUAGAUUAGGCAGAACAGAACCUUUUUUAGACUUUUGAUUUCUAAGGAAGAAGUUGUUCAAAUGUGUUGGGGCUGUUGAGUUGCGUCAUAAAGCUUCUCUUUGCUUUGAUUUAAGUACAUCUUUUUUGUGGCUCUUCCAAAAUAUCUUCCCGUUGUUAUCGAUACUUAUCUAAGGAAACUUGAUAUUUAUGACAUAUGAUUUGGCUAA